UAACCAUAUCCUGGGGCCAGCCUUCCCCACCCUGGGCGGGAGCGGGUGCAUUUCCGCCAGCGACAGGUGCCUGCAGGUGGCGGGCAGGGCCGGCUGCAGGAGCGGCGGUCAGGCUGCGCAUUGCCAGCUGCUUGCAAAGCGGGGAUAAUGAGCCUGACCUCGACGUCCUGCUCCCCGCGGCCCCCCCGAGCGCCUCCCGGGGACCCGCCUAAAGUGAGUGCUCAGCCCGAGACAUCUGCUGUGGUGAAGCUUAACGUGGGCGGCGAGAUCUUCACCACUACUGUGAGCACCCUGAGAAAAAUCCCGGGUUCGAGGCUGGCAGAUAUGUUCUGCACCUCAGCCAAGGUCUCCACGAAGGAGGAUGGGGAAGGCCGAUUCUUCAUCGACCGCCCUGGCACCUAUUUCGGACCCAUCCUGGACUACCUGCGCAGCGGGCAGGUGCCCAAGCAGCACAUCCCCGAGGUGUACCGCGAGGCUCAAUUCUUCGAAAUCACGCCCUUAGUCAAGCUGCUGGAGGACACGCCGCAGAUCUUCGGCGAGCAGGUGGCUCGGAAGCAGUUCCUGCUGCGGGUGCCCAGCUACGGCGAGAACCUGGAGCUCAUGGUGCGCCUGGCACGCGCGGAGGCCGUGGCCGCGCGUCACUCCCACGUGCUGGUGUGCGCGGCGCGCACGGAGGAGGACGCGGCGCACUGCGCGGACUCCCUGCGGGUCCUGGAGGCCAACAAGAGGCUGGUCGUCAAAUUCGGGCCCUGGAAAGCAGCCCCAGCCAUCAGGGACCUUUUGGACUCCGUGCAGAUGGACAUCGAGGCUCAGGGGUACCAGGUAGCCUAUGACUACUGUUCCAAGAAGACGUUUCAGCCUAAGACGGGUGCCCAAGAAUACUUCUAUACGUUCCGAUUCACCUGGUGGUGAUGCCAGGGGACGGUGGCUAUUCGUGAUGGGCUCUAGCGGGGCUUGUAAAAUGAAUUUCAAA